AUGAAGCUGCCAGGAGUGUUCUUGGGCUGCGAGGAGGCUCGGGAGCGAGCAUUGGAGGAGGCACCAGUGCACCAAGAGCUGGUGUUGCGGGGUGGCUUCUUGCUGCUGGUGUUUCUCUUCCCCCUGCUGAGCGCGGGCCUUGCCUAUCUCUCCUCUUGGUUCAGAGAAAAGGUAUGGUACCGAGCUUUGACAUAUUCCAUCGGGAAGAGCGGCACGGCUUUCAUCAAGUGGGGCCAGUGGAGCAGCACACGGCCGGACAUGUUCCCUGAGGGGCUGUGCGAAUCGUUGUCCGUGCUUCACAAGGGAGCCCCCUCCCACAAGCUCGCCCACACCAAGAAACUGGUGGAGCGAGCGUACGGCGGCCGGCCGAUAUCUGAGGUGUUCGCGUGGUUCGAGUCGAAGCCGAUCGCAAGCGGGAGUAUUGCACAGAUUCACAAGGCCAUCUUGAAUGGGGAAGUGGUCGCCGUCAAGGUGCGACACCCCAUGGUCAAGGAGCGCAUGUUCCUUGACUUCCUCUUGAUGAAGAAGAUCGCAUCCUUCGCAGAUCGGAACCCCUCCCUUAAGUGGAUGAACCUGGGCCCCAGCAUGGAACAGUUCUCCAACACCAUGUCGGCGCAGACGGACCUGGUGCUAGAGGCGAAGUACCUCAACGAGUUCAACUUGAACUUUAACGGUGAAGCAUGGUCGGACUGUGCCUUCCCCACCGUAAUCCACUGUGUCGAAGACGUUCUGGUGGAGACGUUCGAAGAGGGCAUCGUCGUUGCGGAGUACGCCAAGCUGUUUGCGAAAACCUCGCGUGAUAAAAACGUGGGGUUGUGGGAGAGGGGAUUGACUAAGCUCCUGGGCAGGCCAAGUCGGCAGCGGGAGAACUCGUUGGAGGGAGAGAAACCGGAUCCUGCCCUUGGGCAUUUCAUUGUUACCCGCGGGGAGGACAUGUGGCUCAAGAUGGUGCUCAACGACGGCUUGCUCCACGCCGAUUUGCAUCCGGGCAACAUUCUCGUACAUGCCCCGAAGGAUGGUACGAGUGCACCUCGGUUGGUGCUCGUGGAUGCCGGCAUGGUCGCAAAACUGUACGGCCACCAGCAGCGACACUUCGUUCGACUUCUGGAAUGCUUGGGAUCGGGGGACGGGAUCGCCGCCGGCCAGGCCGUGUUGCAGUUUUCGACGAAGCAGACCUGUGUAGGGGAACACGAGCAGGCGGCCUUUCUUGCGGAAAUGGACAGCGUUUUCAAAGAGAAAUGCAGGGGGUAUCACACGAACGUGGAUGUGGGGAACAUCUUGCGGGGCGUCUUAACCUGCGUACGGCGGCACUCAGUGCGUGUGGAUGUGGAAUACGCCACGCUGAUUCUCAAUAUAUUGUGUCUCGACGGCAUGAGCAAGGUGCUCCUGCCGACAUACAACAUCCUCGACGGGGCGCAAUCACUGCUGGAGGCGCAAAAAGUCGGUCGCCGGUUGGUUGGAGGGUUCGGCGUGAAGACAAUCUUACCACUUGCACGGGCUCUGAAAUGUCGCCAAGACCGGAAGUUCCUGCGAAAGCUGAAUCGGGACGCGAAGAAGGCCGCAAGAAAUGCCAAGCGCGGCAGACCAGACUCGAGUCGACCACUACACAGCAACGAGGGCAAUGGCAUAGAUAAACUUGAAGACCGUGCCGUGGGAAAUCCCGCUGCUGCUAUUGUUUCUGCUGUGGAGUCGACGUCGACAGGCGUUCUGGACGCAGAGAGACGUCCUUCGUCACCACCAAAUAAUGGGGGAAAUGGUGCCACAUCACAGGGGCGGGGUUUGGAAGAGAACGGUGAUGGUGGGCGCGACGGUGGUGUACAAGCGGUGACGGCGCCGCCGCCUGACACUAGUGCAAGUUCGAGUACGAGCAGGAGGACGAGCAGUAUCGACAGAUUGAGGGAGGAGCUAGAGCUCGGAGAUAACGUGGGUUCGGAAAUUCCACGCGGUACGGGCGGUCAUAGCGAUACUGGGUCGGAACCAAAGUUGGACUAGCGAGGCGAGGAGAGGGGUUAUGUCUGGCCGCGAACGAGGUAUCGAGAUAUGGAUUCGCGUGUCAAGGUGGACUAUCGUGACUGAUGACCAGGCUUGUGUUGGAAGAUGCGCCAAUGAUUGUCGAGCCCAAACUCACUCACGGGUCAAGCCUUUGCUUCUCCUGUGCAAUGCCUACCUACCCACGGUUGCACCAUCGUGGGCGGCGGUAUUAGUUCUUCUAUUUCGAAGUUGAGCCGUCAACCACCAGGUUCAUGUCGUUGUCGCCCCUUGCAUACGAGCGAGCCUAUCCCUAAGUCCUGAAGCAAGGAUGAGGAUGCGGCUUGGAUCACGAGCUCCCCCGCUACUGGUGCGUAGCCUCGUAUGCUGGCUAACAAUAUUCUCCAGCAUCCGCGUGGUAUUUAUGGAGGUGCAACAACCCGGAAGCCCCAUGGUGGUCUUGAAUACUUUACACCUGCGAUUGUGCCGAUGGCGCUCUUGCCUAACCCGAGGCUCGCGUUUCUUUUUUCUGCCGACUUGUGCGUGUGG